AAAGGUGGUCAUUUGGCUGCAGAGUGCCGGUUGAAGACUGUAACUUGUUUCAACUGUGGAGAGGUGGGUCAUAUUAGCCCACAGUGUCCUAAGCCAAAGAGAGAGAAUCAGUCGGGAGGCAAGGUCUUUGCUUUAUCAGGUUCUGAGACUUCUGCAGAUGAUCGUUUGAUCCGAGGUACGUGUUAUAUUAAUGGCUUUCCUCUUGUAGCUAUUAUUGACACCGGUGCUACUCAUUCCUUUAUAUCUUUGGAUUGUGCUGUGAAACUUAAGUUAGAGAUAUCUGAGAUGCUUGGAAGUAUGGUGAUUGAUACUCCUGCAAAGGGUUCAGUGACUACUACUUCAGUUUGUUUGAAUUGUCCCUUGAGUAUUUUUGGUAGAGACUUUGGGAUAGACCUUGUGUGUCUUCCACUAGUGCAGAUUGAUGUUAUCCUGGGAAUGAACUGGUUGGUGUUUAACCGAGUUUCUAUUAACUGUUUUGAUAAGACUGUGAUAUUUCCUGAGAUUGAAGAGGAAAAGAGUUUGUUUCUAUCAGCCAGGCAGGUGAAUGAGGAAGUAGCAGAUGGGGCAGAGUUGUUUAUACUGUUAGCGACUUUAGAGGCUAAAGAUAAACUGGCGAUUGGCGAUCUAGCAGUGGUGUGUGAUUUUCCUGAUGUGUUUCCGGAAGAAGUGAAUGAAUUACCGCCAGAGCGUGAAGUUGAGUUCUCGAUUGAUUUGGUACCUGGUACUAGGCCGAUAUCGAUGGCUCCGUACCGUAUGUCUGCUGUUGAGUUAGCUGAAUUGAAGAGUCAGUUGGAAGAUCUGUUGGAUAAGAAAUUUAUUCGUCCGAGCGUGUCACCGUGGGGUGCACCAGUGUUAUUGGUUAAGAAGAAAGAAGGUACUAUGAGGUUGUGUGUGGACUACAGGCAACUGAAUAAAGUGACGAUCAAGAAUCGGUAUCCUUUGCCGAGGAUUGAUGAUUUGAUGGACCAAUUGGUUGGUGCGAGGGUGUUCAGCAAGAUAGAUUUGAGAUCUGGGUAUCAUCAGAUACGUGUGAAAACUGAGGAUAUUCAGAAGACUGCUUUCAGAACAAGGUAUGGACAUUAUGAGUAUUCUGUAAUGCCUUUUGGUGUGACUAAUGCGCCUGAAGUAUUUAUGGAGUAUAUGAAUAGGAUUUUCCAUCCGUACCUAGAUAAGUUUGUUGUGGUGUUUAUUGAUGACAUUUUGGUGUAUUCGAAAUCUGAAGAAGAGCAUGCUGAGCAUUUGAGAGUGGUUUUAGAAGUUCUACGAGAAAAGAAGUUAUUUGCUAAAUUGUCCAAAUGUGAAUUUUGGUUAGAAGAGGUUAGUUUUCUUGGUCAUGUGAUUUCUAUAGGCGGCGUUGCUGUUGAUCCUUCUAAGAUAGAAGCGGUGUCUAAGUGGGAAGCUCCGAAGUCUGUUGCUGAGAUUCGAAGUUUUCUUGGCUUGGUAUCUUCUAAGGUUGUGGAGGAUAUUGUUAUUGGUAAGAAGGAUGAUGUUCCUUCAGUUGAUCUUGUUAACACUCCAACUUGUCAGUCUGAUGAAUCCAACGAGUUGAAGGUUAAAGAUAAUGAUAAUGAUGAAGUUCUACGCUUAAUCAAGAAUAGUGAGUUCAACAUUGUGGAGCAGCUGCUCCAAAUGACAUCAAUGAUUUCUAUGUUAUCUUUAUUGAUGAACUCUAAAGCGCAUAAAGAAGCUUUACAGAAAGUGUUGGAGCAAGCAUAUGUAGAGCACGAUGCCAUAGUUGAUCAGUUUGAUCAUAUUGUCGCUAAUAUCCCUUCUUACAACAAUUUGAGCUUUUUAAGGUUGUCUUAUCAUGGCGCACCUAUGAGGUACAACAGUGUGGUGGUGAAAGCAUUCGGCGGUUCUCAUAAAACAAUCAUUGGAAAGGUGGACCAUCCAGUCAAGAUUGGUUCGAGUGAAUUUCAUAUUACUUUCCAAGUAAUGGACAUUCACCCGACCUAUAACUAUUUACUGGGAAGGCCAUGGAUUCACGAGGUUGGUGUUGUCACGUAUACGCUGCAUCAGAAAUUGAAAUUUGUUAAGAAUGGAAAGCUCGUCGUUGUUUAUGGAGAGAAAGGGCUUUUGAAUAUUGGGGCAUCCAUGUCUUCUUUAAAAGAUUCACGUGAAAUUGUUCAGGCUAGUGGCACCGACAAUGGAGGCUUCAUUCACAAAGAUGAACAACACUCAGUUGCAAUUAUUGAAGAUGACAGUGAUGAAGAAGCUUGUGCCUACUUUGUGACACAUGACCAGACUUGCAACAAUAAGGUUAUUGUAGACGUUCAUAUUGUUAUACAUCAUUCAAAGUAA